CCCGCCAUUAUUGUUAGUAGUUUGAUUGACGUUUUGUGCCGGUUAAAAGCUUAUGGUUGGUCCAUGGCGUCUCUGUGAUCGACUACUUGUUAUCGGUUAAAGCGCUGUUAAGGCGUCGUUUUACAUCUUUAAGUUUCUUAAUAAUCUCUUUUCAAAAUGACUAUCGGAAAGAAUAAUAAGAUGCAAAUGCAUAUAAAUUAUAGAGUAAGGGUUAUUUUACAAGAUUCGCGUACUUUUAUCGGCACAUUUAAAGCUUUUGACAAACAUAUGAACCUAAUUUUGGGAGACUGUGAAGAAUUUAGAAGAAUUAAGUCUAAAAAUAGCAAAACUGCUGACCGAGAAGAGAAAAGAUUACUUGGUUUUGUACUUUUGCGUGGUGAAAAUAUAGUAUCCAUCACUCUCGAAGGCCCGCCACCGCCUGAAGAGGGAUUGCCCCGGGUGCCGCUUCCUGGUGCCAUGGGUGGACCAGGAGCCGGCAGAGCAGCGGGUCGUGGUGUAGGUCUCGGAGGUGCUCCGCCAGGAUUACAAGGCCCAGCCCGAGGAGUUGGUGGACCGUCACAACAACACAUGGCUCCUGGUGGUCGAGGACAACUAUCAGCCCCUCCUCAAAUGCGAGGCGGGCCUAUGAUGGGAGGUCCACCCCCUGGUAUGAUGGGAGCACCUCCAGGAAUGGGUAGAGGUGGCCCUGGUGGUCGAGGCCCACCGGGAAUGCGACGCUAUUAGUGUCUGUGCAGUUCAGUGAUGUUCUAUUAUUUUAAUUUUAAGUGUAAAAAUAAAGCAAUGUGAAGAUUUUCUAUUGUAUUACCUAUUUCACUACAUCAACAGUAAUGAUAGAAUAUGAAGUGCACAAACAGUGCUAAGUAUUUUUCAAAUUAAACCAAAAAAAAAAAACAAGUGUGUAAAUUAAGAAGUGAUAAUUAUAGAAGUACUUGAGA